CUGUCAGCUGUUGUUGACAUUAACGACCCCAGUGUCGAGUGUGAUAGAAUAAAGGCAAAAUGGAGGACGACUAUGGGACAACCCAUUUCAUGGCAGGGCCCAAAAACAGGCCUUCGCCCAUGGAGACGUACACGUCACGAGACGGAAUGUCACACCUCUGGAGAGGACCAGGAUUUUACUUGAUGCCAGAGAGACGGUUCGUCAAGUUAGAAGAAACCACUGGAAGACCAAGUACAACAGCUACUCUCUCUUCUAUACAUGACAGCGCCAGAAGUUCUGCAUCGUGUCACCCUGAGCGACGGCCUACACUCCUUCCAGUUGGCAAACUACCUCCAGCAACAGAUCCUUGGUUCCGGAGGUGGGUUGGUCCAGGUUCAGGGUUCUACUCGGCCAAGGAACACAAAUGGACUAAAGAAUGGACCAGUGGGGGUGCAGCAGUGCCAAUGGACUCUAGGCUUUACAUAAACGAGGAAGACUGGCUCAAGUAUAAGAACAUGUGCGCACAGCCAACAUUGCCAGGAGCACAUUGACAUUGAUUUCGGCGAUUUCAAUAAACAUGAUAUCAAAGACAAUUCCAUACCAUUGGACUCCGAUUUUCCUCAUUACCUGCAUGGUGUCAGUAGACUGGUUCCCAAAGUUAAGGCCAACCACCUGGCCAUAGCGGAUCAAAGAAGGGCACUAGUCAGACAGUCAACCGAGGCGGGUGGUUUCUUCUAACUUUUUGGAACGAGUCAGUCGCUGACACAUUUGCCAUGAUAUUCUGCAUCUGAACUCAUUUUUGCAUACAUACAGCCAUCGGCUAUAUGAUAUCGUACUACUCCACAUUGUUCUUCACAAUAUCUACUUUGUAACUAUCAAUUAUAUUAUUAAAUUAAAUAGUUUGCA